GCGACCGGACGACUUGCUGAACCCUACAUACGUGUUUGAAAUCUUAGAAAAAAUCAUUUUUAUAGUUGAUUUAUAGUGUAAAGAACAUCAUAUUAUUGUAUAAUAUAUUAUUUAAAAUACGCUUCAAACAUUGUGCUGUGUUUUGUUGCCACAAAGUGUGUCGUUAAAGUGCCUAAAACUGCCAUCGUUGGUCUUCAAAAGAACAUGGCGAGACUAACUAAAGUCUAUAAUACUGAUGAUGAUGAUUCUGGUUAUGUGGGCCGCAGGCAUUUACCUUUGGUGGCAGGUGAUAAGCUAAUGAUGCUCAUGGACCUGAACAGCAAAGGACUUGUCAUUGACAGCCCACAGAUACGGGGUCGCGAACUGGAGGAAUUCUCACGUAAAUUUAAUCUGCUCACAGAAACGGAACGCAAUCAAUCGCUUGUGAUUGAUAGCAGUGGCUUCAUUUCGGUGCUCAAUCAGUGCGUCCAGUGUGUGGGCUGCCGGCGAAGGGUGGAGCGUUUGUUUUACCAGCUAGCUGAGUCCGGCCAUCGUACUGUCGACCCGCUGGAGUUGCGCGACAAUUGCACGCUGGGCAUAACGGAGGAAAAACUAAAAACACCUCAGGCACUGGGCACUCUACUAUAUAGGCAUCACGAGGUGCUCAACAAUCUGUUGGAUAAUAAACUGCGCAACAAGACGCGUUGUGUGCUCCAUUCAUUGGACACGUUCCGUGCCAAACCAUUUUCGGAAACGUGGCGCGAAGUGUGGUCCGCCAUGAAGAGCAAUUGUCGCACCGAGGUGACCAUCAUUGAGACAAAGGAACUGCACGAAGUGCUCGAUAAGUAUCUGAAGAAGCACAAGUUUUGCGCCGGCUGUCGCACAAAGAUCGAGCGUGCCUAUAAAAUACUCAUUGGCGAGGUAUCCACCAAGGAGAAGGGCUAUGCGGCACAGCUGUAUGCCCACAUACGCAAGUGUGUGCCCGAUGAGCACAUACAUGUGAGCACGAAUAAAAUCGAGUUCCUUGAUGCGCUUAUCAAGCGUGCCGAGCCGGAGGUAAAUGGUAGCUACUCGAAACUGCGCGAACGCCAUGCCAAAACGCUGGAGAUCGCCCAGGAGGAGGUGCUCACGUGUGUCGGCAUGAUCAUGUACGAGCGCUUGCGUCGCAUUUAUGUUAGUCUGCGUGAGGAGGAGCGUGCCUGCCAAGUGCUGGCUGCUGUGGGCGUGCAUGCGCUCUGUCGCAGCUUUCAUGAGCGUGUGGAGGAAAAACAGGGCAUCAGCAACUUGGAGCUGCUCUAUCAGGAGAUCAGUCGCGCGGAGAAAGCCAAGGAGCUGAAGCGUGAGCAGAAGAAGCUCAAGAAGAAGAAGAAGAAGGAUGAGAAAAAGAAUAUGCAUCGUCUGUGUGAAAACGAUAUUAAUAAUGCGAACGACGCUGCCGAAACGGACUACGAGGAGGAAGAAGAUGACGUUAUUCCUGAGGCUGAAGCUGAAUCUGAGCCUGCGGUUGUAGACGACGCCGUCGAUGAUGGCAUCGUUAUACUCUGUGCAGACGCAGAUCCGGAGCCAAAGCCGCCAACGCCAAGUGACAAAUCAACGAAAUCGAAAUCGAAGAAGCAACCGAAGAAAAAGAAGCAAAAAUCUGCUAGCAAGAAAGCUAAAAAGUUAUUGUAUGUCGAUGACCACUUAGACGUGUCUAAAGCAUCGAAAUGCAACGACUGCUUAGCACCCAUCCCCAAUUGUCCCUGCGAGCAGGAUGUGCGCGAUUCUGGCUAUGGCAGCGAUCCACCCACAUCGCAUGCCAAUUCGCGCAUUUCCAGCGCAAUCUCGUCGCCGGAAGGCUCAGAAGUUUCGUGCUCGGACGGACUGUGCAAUCAUCAUGACGGGCUGCUGGACGAGGAGCAAAGCGUCGAUGAUGUUGCAGUCCGCAACAGUUACGUCUCCGGUUUGCUCUAUGGCCAACAGACGCAAUUGGAUCAAAAAUUCUCAUUGCUGCAGAUGUGGGACUACUUUGACGACUACGAUCAGGACGAUGAGAACUGUUGUUACAUUCCCCAAGAGGUGGUACUGGCUUAUCAAUACCAGCGUGAGCAAGUGCAGCGUCAACGCGAACAGCUGCGUGCCACAUUGCGCCAGAAUUUUGAACGCUUGUGCCUACAGCGUGGUGUCCACAUAGGCACAACCAAUGCUGCCGCUGGAGUCGAUGCCACCUCAACUGGCCAUUAAUGCAUUAAACCGUUGUAGUUAUUCAGUCGCGCGUUGCGAUUUUUCAAAAUCCACGCGGCGCA